UCCACAAGGUCUAUCUAGUCGUUUCUCCUUCAUUGUUCAUUAUUUCGUUAUAUACACAAUACACCCUUCUUCUCUCUUUCAAAUCUGAGAACAUCAAUUCGUCAAUGGAAGAAUCCAAUGUUGUUGAAGCCAAGGAUGGAACUAUCUCAGUUGCCACCGCAUUUGCAGGCCACCAGGAAGCUGUUCAGGAUAGAGAUCACAAAUUUUUGACAAGAGCAGUUGAAGAAGCUUAUAAAGCCGUAGAAUGUGGUCACGGAGGCCCAUUUGGCGCUGUUGUUGUUUGCAACGAUGAAGUUGUUGUUAGCUGCCACAACAUGGUACUCAACAACACUGACCCUACUGCUCAUGCAGAGGUGACAGCAAUAAGAGAGGCAUGUAAAAAGCUCAACCGCAUUGAACUGUCAAACUGCGAAAUAUAUGCCUCUUGUGAGCCAUGCCCGAUGUGCUUUGGUGCCAUCCAUCUUUCGCGAAUUAAGAGGCUCGUAUAUGGAGCCAAAGCGGAAGCUGCCAUUGCCAUUGGAUUCGAUGAUUUUAUCGCAGAUGCUCUAAGAGGUACUGGUUUCUAUCAGAAGGCUAACUUGGAGAUAAAGAGGGCUGAUGGUAAUGAGGCCAUUAUUGCAGAGCAAGUGUUUGAGAAUACAAAAGCUAAGUUUUCCAUUUAUUGAGCAGAAAUAGUCACUGCCAAAAAUGUGAAAUUCAAUCCUGAUCCUGACUUCACAAAGUUUACAUUUUCACAAUAAUGUUCAUUCACUUAUAAUAUACAUUUCUUUCAAGUACAAUACUAUUGUGUUUUCUUUGAUUAACUAAUAAAUAUUGUAUAAACUCUCACUUCUUACUCGUGAGUCGUGAUUGAUGUGACAUGUUUUGAUUGGAU